AUGGAAAGGAAAACUGGAAGACUUUUCCUGAAUGCCCGAGAUGUAAAAGAAGCUACCUGGGUGAAGGCCAGGGCCUAUUUUCAAUGUGGGCUAGUGGGUCACAUGAAGAGGAAUUUCCCACAGUUGCUGCUACCAGAACAAAAGAAGGAUGAUAAACCUACUCCUGCCCGGGUGUUUGCCCUAACUCAAGCCGAGGCUGAUGCUGGCCCUUCCACUAUGACAGGUCAGCUUUCUUUUGACGAUACUUUAUUAACUGUUCUGAUUGAUUCUGGUGCGACACAUUCUUAUAUUUCAAGUAGAAUAACUGAAAAGUUGAAUAGACCUAGUGAUGUACUUUCUAGAGGCUUCAAAACUUUACUGCCUACUGGAGAGCUGGUUAUCUCCAACAGGUGGGUUCGAUCCCUUCUCGUAUUUGUGGAAGGAAGGGAGUUAUUGCCUGAGGACGAGGACCCCUUUGCAUUUGUGGGUAAGAUGCAGGGAUCCCAAAUUCCCUUAAUUUUAGUGCUUAAGGCAAAAGAUUUGUUGUGUGAGGGGUGCAUCGGUUUCUUAGCAAAUGUAGUUGUUACAACCAGGGAACCACCAUCGCGACCGGAGCAUGUCCCAAUAGUUCGAGAAUUUCUGGAUGUUUUUCCAGAGGAGUUACUAGGGUUACCACCGAAACGUGAAAUUGAUUUUGAGAUUGAUCUAAUACCAGGGGCAGAGCCUGUAUCAAGAGCUCCCUAA